AUGAAGGUCGACUUCGCGAAGCAGUUUGAAGACUCCAUCACGGCCGUGCAGGUCGCUGAGCAGGCCAAGGUUGUCAACGAGUAUGAGCAGCAGGUGCAGCGGGUGGUGCAGCACAUCUCUGUCAUGAAGUCAGAGAACGAGGCUGCCAUAGCCAACAUUUCGGCGGGUGCGGACGCCAAAUCCAAGGAGAUUCGGGCGGCAGCUCGCCGUGAUGCCUUCAACCUGAAGCAGGGUAUGAAGGCGCAGAAAUACUCCGAGCUCCAGAAAAAGUUGGAGUUGAAUGGAGUGCAGAUGAGCGAGUACUUCAAGAUCAAGUCAGUGCAAGGCCAGAGCAGCAGUGGCAAGGCACCAACCUCAGCGCAAACCAUCACGGACACGCAUGUAAGAUCGGGUACGAAACAUUUGGUCGGGGAAUACACGCCAUGUUCCGGAUCCGUUUAA